UCAAUCAUGCGGUCGGACCAGCCUCAAACAGGAGCAGAUUUUAGUUUGGUAACAACACAGAAUUGGUGCACAAUGGCCACCUCAGGCUCCUCGGUUGGCCAUAAUCAGGUGCAGAGGGUCAUCAAAGAUCUCUAUGAUGCUGUGUUUCAGCUGAGUCAAGAGCACAACGAGUACUCGGAGCCCGUAACUGACGACAGCACCAACCUACGCAAGUUCUUCUACAAACUCGAGUACCUGUUGCAGUUUGACCUGAAGGAGAGGACAACCUUUCUCGGCCAGAGAAAAGACUACUGGGAUUACUUCUGCGACUGCCUGAUUAAGAUCAAGGGUGCUAACGAUGGCAUCCGUUUUGUAAAGUCCAUCCCUGAGUUAAAAACCUCCCUGGGCAAAGGAAGGGCCUUCAUUCGCUACUCGCUGGUUCACCAGCGUCUCGCCGACACGCUGCAGCAGUGUCUCAUCAAUCAGAAAGUCACAAGUGACUGGUAUUACGCCCGGAGUCCCUUCCUCGACUCAAGCCUCACCUCGAACAUCAUUAAUCACCUCUACGAGCUCAAUCAAAUCCAAUUUGACGUUGCAGCCCGAGGUUACGAUCUCGACAUCGAUUGGCCGGCCUUUGCCAGACGGACAUUAGGGGCUGGCUCAUCAUCAUUCUUGUGGCGACCCCCCAGUUGUUGCUCCAGCGUCAACAGUCUGGUCCAGUCACAGGAGUUUCCAAUUCCAGACUUGAGUCUUCUCGGGGACCUUGCUCUGAAAGACCCAUCCCCUUGCAGUGUUGCAGAGAAUCUCCGCAUCCAGCUCGACCAGUCCGAGCUCAGGCAGCAAGAGCUUCUGGGACAGGUAGAGGAAUUAGGCAAAGAGGCGGCCGAGCUGAAAGAUGUCGUCAAGAACCUUAACGACCAGUUGCUAGCAUCUCAGAAGACCAUCAGCUUGCCAAACCCUUCAGAAGUCACUCCUAGCAUGGAUGUCCGUAACCACUAUCAAACGUGUUGGGAAGAAAAAAACUGUGAAAUUCAGGACAGACUCGCAGCUACUGAGAACAAAAACAUGGAGCUUCUCUCUAAGCUGGACGAGACUAUUAAAGAAAAGGGCAAACAAACGACAAGCUUCUGCGACUCGGCCUGGAAGAUCCAGGAACUCCUGGAGAAACUGAAGUCAACGGAGGAAAAGAGGCUGGAGGCCAAGAGGGAGGCCGAGGACCGAGCAAGGCAUUGUGAGCGUGUGUCUCAGGAGCUCAAACUGAGGGAGGAAGAAUUGAGGACCUGCACGGAGAAACUGACUGACGUCAAAUCCCGGGGCAAGGACGAGCGCGAGGAGACCCUCAAACGCUUAGAGGAACUCCAGGGUGCAGUCGGUCGUAUUCAGGGCGCGUUGACGCUGAAAGAGAAGGAGAGCGGGAAUUUGAGAGCGCAACUUCAGGGCCUGCAGGCUUCGCUGGAGUGCAGAGAACGCCAGGCGGAGGAUCUGAGGAGGAGGCUUCAGGAGGAACGUGACGAGAUAGAGCGCAGAUGUAUCGAUAGAGAUAGCCAGAAUGAAACCCUGGAGAUUCAACUGCUGGAUUUGCGAAAAACCCUAAAAAGCAGGGACAUAGAGCUUUCCGUCAACGCCGAGAGAAUCAAGCAUUUGGAAGAACACUUGGAGAAGCUGAAGAAAGAAAGUCCAAUUUCUAAACUCGAUGAAAACGACGUGAAUGCAUUUGAGGAAACCGGGAACAUCGAUUGCUACAAAGCUCAGUGCUGUGAGCUUAAGGGGAUAAAUGCUGCGCUACUGCAAGUGGUCAAAAAGAGGGAGGACAGUAUUGCCGAGAUGACUCGGGGAAGGGAAGCCUUGUUAGACCAGCUCACUACUCUAAGGGCUUCCGAGAAGCACCUGAUGGGAAGGGUGGAAGCUGCCGAUCUGUGCGUUGAAGAUCGCGAGAAGAAGCUUCUGGACGAAAACCGCCAUUUAGAGGAGCUUGUAGAGAAGGCUCUUCUUGAGAAGGAGCGAUCGGAUGCUCAACAGAAGAGUGUGCAGCAGGAAAACCGGGAGCUUCUCGAGGUCCAGUGCUCAUUGAAAAAACAACUUGCUGAGGCCCAUGAGGAGCUGGACUUGCUAAACGCCAAGUUGUCAAAUCUGGACGAGAGCCUCACAGAGUCCCAAAGAAGCCAUGCGGAGUUGCUGGUGAAAUUCCAGCAAACCGAGGUCAAGCUCAAAGAGCAGAUGGCUAAAUGUGUUCUUCUGCAGGCUCGUGCUGAGGAGCUAGAGAGCAGGAGCUCGGAGCAGCAUGAUGAGAAAGGAGCGGCGGAAAGCAAUGAAAAAAUGCCAAAGCUUCAUGAGGAACAUUUAACCUCUGAGACCAAAGAGGCUCCGUUCAGGCUCGUGAUCGCCGAGGCUCAGCUGGAGCUCAACCUGAGGGAGGUACACCGCCUCAGGGAGGAGGUGGUGGCGCUCAGGGCUCAGCUCCUGGCUGGGACGGAGGAGAGAAUGAAAGCUCAGGCCUUUCAGGAGGUGACCGAGGCCUCCAGAGAGGACCUGCGAGUCUUGGCAGAACAGCUCAAAGGUCAAGUGGAGGAGCUCAACCGACGGCACGUAGACGAGAUCCUGCGUUCUCGUGAGCGCGAGGAGGCCCUGAUCCGUGAGCGAGACGGCGAGGCUCUGGCUCGGGCGGGCCUGGCUGCCGAGGUGACGGCCUGCAGGGAGGAGCUGCGCAAUCUCAAGCAGCGCUACGACGCCUUGUGCCUGGAGAACAGCGAUUCCGGGGAGGCCUUGCACCGGGCCAACACUGAAACCGCAGAGCUCGGCGUUCGCGUGUGCAUGCUGACGGCCGAGAACGAAGAGGCUCGCCUGCGAUGGGAGAACCACUUAAAGAGGCAGCAAGCGCGGCAGGAAGAGGCCGCACAGGAGGCGAGCAGGCUGGACGCUUGCGCAGAGCAGCUCCGCCAGGAGAAUCGGCAACUUCUCGGAAAGCUCUGUCACCAGGAGGACCUUUGGGCCACAACGCAGAAGCUGCAGGAGAUGCUGACCGAUGCCCAGGAGGAGGCGGAGACGCUGCAGGAGAGGACCCGCCGGGAGAUCGAGGCUCUCCGCCUGGAGCUCAGCAAUCAGACUAUCAGCCACAGCAGCCAACUGCAGAGUGUCAACGAAGAGUUAAUGGAUGAGAGGUUACAGAUGAUGAGCGAGCAGGAGAAAGCAGUUGAGGUGGAGAAGAAACUAAAGCGCUUGGAGGCUGAGGCGCAGAGAUACCGGCAGCACCUCGCUGAGAAAACCAUCCAGAUGGCCCAGUCGGAAAAUCUCCUUCAGCAGAAAGAGGACGAGCUAAUCCAUCUGAGAAGGAAUUUAUCAAGAUGCCAGGAGGAGCUCGACGCGGCUCAGCGGGCCUGUCAGGAGCUGAGGGAUACUUUGAAGAGGGUGACGCUGGACAAGCAGAACUUCGACCUGAGGACGGCUGCCGAACUCGAUGACCUCUAUCGCACCAAGGUUAACCUGGAGGAAAGGCUCGUGGAGCUCAUCAGGGACAAAGACGUGCUGUGGCAGAAGACAGACGCGCUCGAGUUUGAGCAGAAGCUGCGCGAUGAAGAGACAGAGCGUGACGUCAACUACUGCCUGGGCUGCCACACCCCGUUUGGUUGGUGGCUCCGGAAGCACAACUGCAGAUUUUGUGGCCGCCCCUUCUGCUACUACUGCCUGACCAACGCAACGAGCCACCAGCCGGGCGGCACCAGAGAGCGCUGCUGCCGGGACUGCUGCCACCAGCGCGACGCAGAGGCUGAGCGCCCCCUGCAGGAGGACGCCGUCACCAGCACGCCUGGCUCGGCGUUCAGUCGUCUGCUGCAGCCUCUGAGAGCCGUGACGAACGUUUUGGGGGCAGAUGAAGGCGACAAACUGGAGGAUGGCUUGUUUGACAUCAUCACAGAGGAGGAAGUGAGCGGUGUCUCUGACGGUGACUUGUUUACCACUGCCUGCUCUCCUGGACAUGGACAGCAGGAGGCAGCACAUCUAAGCAGCAGCAGCGCCAGCACAGGAGAGUUCCCAUCCGAAGACCCCCGGGACCGCCGUGGUGCUGUGCAGGAUGCCGAGAUCUGCCUCCUCAAGUCGGGAGAGCUGACGUUGGCGUCUCGCUUCGCGGUGGACGACAUCUUGGACUUCGGCGACAGCUCGCGGGAGCUCUUCAUCAAGUCGAGCUGUUACAGCACCGUGCCCAUCAGCGCGGGCUGGCCGGGCGCCACCGUCGCUUGGACGUUUACCUCAGAACCCAAAGGCAUCUCCUUCAGUGUCGUUUUCCGGGAGAGUGCGCAGACGCCACUCGAACAGGCUAAGGUGUUGAUCCCGCUGACUCGCUGCAACUCCCACAAGGAGACAAUAAAGGGAGAAAUGAAAGUCCGAAAACCAGGAGAGUACACACUCAUCUUUGAUAACUCCUUUUCAAGGUUCAUCUCCAAGCGGGUGAUUUAUCAUCUGGCUGUGGACGCAGGUGGCCUUCCGUGAGAGCAAAAGCAAGUCAAACAGUUGAUGAUGCAUCCAUCAACGCUGUCGGGAGUGUAAGGUAACUUGAGGCAGAGUCGAUGAAAGCUGAGGGCACUUUAGAAACAUCAUGGACUCAGGCACAUCGGAUGAUGUUGUCAUAGGAACACAGUGGAAAACACAUUGACAGUUAUUAAUCUAUUGAAUUAGACCGUACGUUACCUUUUUAUUCAUGUCUGUGGUAGAAUUAAGCAUAAAGUGUCACCUAUUAAGGAUAACCAGCGCACAUUGAUGUUUUUACUCCAUCACUGCACACCGACCAAUUUUUUUCUGGAAGUUUUAUUAUAUUAAUGCUGCGAGCAUUCUAGCCUUGAGACAAAUGAGCUAUUGAUUCGGUUCAGUUACUUAUCAGUUGUGAAAGAUUGGACUUUUCCUGCAAAAAGAAUAAAGACGCGAUCAUGGACAAAAAAAACAACAGCGUUGACGUCAUGGAAUCGCUGUAAAAUUCAAGAACUCAAGUGUAUGUUUGUGUGGUUAAAGGGGAGUGGAUAUGGAAUGUUAACCACCGUUAUAGUCGUUAUUCA